AUGAGGGAGGUUCUCCUUAAGAAGUUACAUGAAGAUACACAUAUGGGAUCAGAAUUUAUGGUGAGCGGUACCAAGAGAUACACCAUAGGACCGAAAAUACAUACAAGUACAGAUAUAACGGUAAAAAAAUGGCAAACUUGCUGUGCAAGUAAUUCUAAAAUUGAGAAGAAACCUCUGAUGGGUGAAGUAAGAAAGGGGAUAACCCCUGGAGAAUACUGGCAAAUAGAUUUUUCCGAAUUGCCAAAAUGUGGACAGUAUAAAUAUUUACUUGUGUUAGUAGAUACGUUUUCUGGAUGGCCUGAGGCUUUCCCCUAUCACAACAAUAGGGCUAGAGAAGUAACUAAGAUCCUCUUAAAGGAAAUAAUCCCCAGACUCGGGGUCCCCGAGGGCAUAUCCUCAGACAAAGGGCCUCACUUUGUUUCAGAAACAGUUCAGGGAGUAUCUAAAUUCCUCCAAAUACAAUGGGACCUGCAUACCCCUUGGAGACCACAGUCUAGUGGAAAGGUGGACAGAAUGAAUCAAACCCUUAAAAGACAAAUUUCUAUAUUGUGUCAAGAAACCCAGUUUAAAUGGCUGGAUAUUCUACCAAUUGCUUUGAUGAGAAUUAGGAUCACUCCAUGGGCCAGGGAAGGGGUAAGUCCAUUUGAAAUAUUGUACAGAAAACCGUAUCCUAUUAAUGAAAUGGGAAAUCAGAGCGAUCAAAUGCAUAUCAAAGGUGAGAGAAUCCUGAAACACUAUUUGCUAUCUUUUUUGCGGGUGUUAUCCUCUUUACACAGGUAUCUCAACCAGCGACCUCCACUUCCUUUAGACUUUCCAGCCCAUAGUUUCAAGCCUGGAGACCUGGUUUAUGUCCGGACCUGGAAGGAUGAACCAUUAAAAGAAAAGUGGAAAGGACCUUAUCUUGUGCUCCUAACUACAUAUACCACAGUAAAGGUGGAAGGGAUCAGCUCCUGGAUCCACUACACGAAGGUAAAAAAAGCUCUCCCAGAAGGGCAAUGGACAUUACACAAACGGGAGUGCUAG